CACCCGCACACCGCACACUCUCGCGUGUUUGUGUGUGUUUUUUCUCGCCUGCCCUGUUGCGGCCUUCAACCCUUGAACAUUCCUCCCAAUUGCUCACUCCACAUUCACACAACAAACAGCAGUUACUAAACAGAUGUCCUGGCAAGCGUAUACCGAUAACCUCAUUGCCACUGGUAAGAUUGACAGAGCAGCUCUGUACUCCAGGGCUGGUGAUUCGCAGUGGGCACAGUCUCAGAACCUGGUUCUUGGAGGAGGUGAGAUCCAGGAGCUGGCACAGGGCUAUGACAACCCUUCGGAGCUCCAGGCGAAGGGGUUGCACGUCCAGGGACAGAAGUACUUUUUGAUCAAGGCAGAUGACCGCUCAAUCUAUGGUAAGCACGACGCCGAGGGCAUCAUUGCCGUGAGAACGAAGCAGACCAUCUUGAUUGGACACUACCCUGCUGGUGUGCAGGCUGGUGAGGCCACCACCAUUGUGGAGAAGCUUGCUGACUACCUGAUCUCUGUGGGCUACUGAGGAGACUGGUGCGUCCAGUCUCUCUCUGUAGGGCAUCAAGAUGUCGUCUAUUAGAUAGGUGGGCUGCCACGAGGAAGACGAGGUGGUGCCGUAUAUAUAAGU